AGUGAUUGUUAGUGAUUAUGAUCAAGUAUUCCGACCGUCUGUUUGAUUGCAUGGAAGUCCUGUUCAGCAUGGCAGUCCUGUAAAAUCAGCUAGUGCGCUUGUUAGCUUGAGUUAAUCUUUUCUGGUUUAACAGCAUUUUCUCUUCCCUUUAAAGUUCCAGAAAGUUGUUUAAAAGUACCCGAAAGGAGCCGUGAAGAAAGAGUUCAUUCAGAGGCUGACACGACAAGACAAUUUAGCCUUCAGACGUUUGGAGAAUCUGUGGUGAAGCCGAUAAAAGGCGACAAAAACCAUGACGAAGAGGAUAUUUCUGUGUCUUUCACUUGUUGCGUUGGUGGACCAAAUCAUGGGGAUCUCUGUAUGUCCUUCUCGUGAGAUUCAGGCCACUCGAGGGGAAGUCACUUCACCGAAUUUUCCAAAUGCCUACCCUCCUGAUGUAAACUGUGCUCUGACCAUUGAUGGUGGAAACAGUGUUAAAAUCAAGCUGAAGUUUGAACAUUUUGAAGUUGAAGAAGACGAUAAUGAUCCAAACGAGUGUAACUAUGACGCUGUGAUCAUCAUCGAUGGCCCAAGAACCUCUCGAUACUGUGGCAGAAGAACUCCCCCGGAGUAUACAUCGACAGGAAAUAAGAUUUCCAUCGGCUUUGAGUCGGACGAUAGUUUUGAGAUUAAAGGUUUCAACAUCUCGUUCACCUCCUUCGCUGUUGAGACAGAUCCACCAAAAGGCUCUGACAUUUGUCCCACAAGAGAAAUUAAGAUCAAGCCUGACUCGCCAGAAACAAUGAAAGGAGCGCUUUAUUCACCAAAUUUUCCCAACUUUUAUCCAAACGACCAGAGCUGCACAUUAACUUUGGACGUACCUGAUAACUACAAGGCUGUUGUCUCGUUCCAGAAGUUUUCUUUGCAAUAUUCUGGAACGUGCGAUUUUGACAAGUUAGUGGUUAGUGACGAGAGCGACAGUGAUACACAGUGCGGGGGGGGCGCAGACCGGCUCCCUCCUUUAAUAGAGAAAAAAGGAAGGGAAGUCAAGUUUUCUUUCACCACUGAUAGUUCAACAACAUCAACAGGAUUCCAGUUGGAGUAUAACAUCACUCGUCUUGAAGAAGGUCGGUGUGUGUGUACCACUGGAUUGGGUUAUACAACCAUUGCAAACUUCAAACCAAGAAAUGACAGAAAGCACGAUGAUAUCCGCUUUGAGUUUAAAAGUACUCAAUCGAGUGGAAUGAUCAUGUAUGCCAAAGGAUACUACAAGGAUUACAUUUACAUUGGUUACAAGGAUAGCAAUGUUUUUAUGUACCACAUUGAGCUGGGCACAGGAACAAAAAGGAUGGAGACAAAGAACUUGAAACUAAACGACGAUAACUGGCACAAGGUCCACCUGACCCGCGCCGACCGAUUGCUUACCAUCAGCAUUGACGACGUAACUCUCUCUGGACAAGCUCCAGGAGGUUACAAUCGUCUUGAUAUACCAACCGCAACAGCAUAUUUCCUGGGAGCUCCAACGAGGUUGAACCUGGAACCUAAUUUCAUUGGCUGCAUCCGGGAUUUUACGGUCGAUGGAUAUGAGCCACUAACAAACGCCUGGGUAGGAAAGCCAGACUAUUCGAUAGUGGGCAAAAGUUCUAUGAGACAAUGCAGCUAAUUAUGAGAAAUAAGACGGAACAUCCUGGCUUGAGGGAUUUGUUAACAUCAUUUUCUUUAAUCGAUUGUAGUCACGCAUUUGUUAGAUUUUUUGAUAACGCCAAAGAGGCUCACAUUAUAUUAUAAUCAGGGAAAAAAACAUUUACCAUGCUUGAAUCUUAUUCGGAGAAUAGGAUUACGAUGACUGUUUAAACGCCUUUAGGGACUGUUCAUUAAUUAUUGCUUGGGAGAGAGGGAGAAGGGUACAGGAUUUUGAUUGUAUCACAAUAUAAAAACUUACCUGUUCCCCCCCAUAGGGCUGUGUGGUUUUCUAAUAACAUCCUCCCCCCUCCCCCCCCCCCAAAAAAAAAGAUGUGGAGUCAAUUUUCUAUGGCCACCCUCAAAAUUCUGUCAGAGACAACUGAUUCCUUCUCUAUCCCCCUGAAAACCAAGUGAUCCUCCCAAAAUCCUCUGAUGCCCCCCAAGCUAUAAAUAGCGAUUGGUCUGUUAACAGGUCUCCCUUAGAGAAUCAUUGAGUUCUUUAAGUAUAACUCUUUAGCUCAUUUUUAAUGUAAUAUUGCAUUGUUAAUAUGCUGCUAAUGCUUUAGAAUUGUACAAAGAAAGUUGUAGUAAGGCUGUUGCUUUUGUUAAAAAGAGAGACCAUCAGUUAUUAAACUAUUGGUUGAGUUGAA